AUGCAGAAGCCAAAGCCAUUGCAUAUUCAAGCAUUUAAGAAGCCAGUAGCAGUAAACCGGUUAGAAUUCAUCACUGAUGUUAGUGUCAAACUGGCUAUUCCUGUUGGGCCCCGUUUUCAAGCUGAUGUGCCCGAUUGGAUUGGCCAUAUUGGUGACAGUGAAUUAAACACUUCAAGGUGGUUGGGCACCCGAACAUGGCCAGUCAAAGGAAGCUGCCUAGAAACAAAUUGUAAUGCGAUUGGAAGAGGAAGACCCGACUUUUGUUCAUGCAUUACUCCCGGAUCUAUAGAAUGUGUUAGACGGCAUGUUACUGACAAAAGGAGUGAGCUGCAGCGCAUUGGCUUGCAGACCAGGUCAAGCUAUGCAGAAGUCAAUACCGAUGAAGAUGAGAUUGCAGAGGCCCCUUAUUCUAAAGGGUCUCGGAAGAGAUGUCGAGUUGAUAGUGUUACCUCAAUCAGUUCUAAAUGCGUGAAAGGCUACUUGACUGGGAGAUGA